AUGAGGACUUCUCUGCAGGCAGUGGCACUCUGGGGAAAGAAGGCCCCUCCCCACAGCAUCACUGCCAUCAUGAUCACCGAUGACCAGCACAUGAUCGUGACCGGAAGUCAGGAGGGUCAGCUCUGCCUCUGGAACCUCUCCCCUGAACUAAACAUUUCAGCUAAAGAACUCCUAUUUGGUCAUUCGGCUUCAGUAACGUGUUUGGCAAGAGCAAGGGACUUCUCUAAACAGCCCUAUGUUGUUAGUGCUGCUGAAAAUGGGGAGAUGUGUGUUUGGAAUGUCACCAAUGGACAGUGCGUGGAGAAGGCCACACUUCCUUACAGGCACACUGCAAUCUGUUAUUACCACUGCUCAUUCCGGAUGACAGGAGAAGGCUGGCUUCUGUGCUGUGGAGAAUAUCAAGAUGUCCUUAUCAUUGAUGCCAGAACUUUGGCUGUUGUUCACUCUUUUACAUCAUCUCAGUCUCCAGAUUGGGUCAACUGCAUGUGCAUUGUUCACUCCAUGAGAGUUCAAGAAGAUUCUCUCUUGGUGGUAUCAGUAGCUGGUGAGCUCAAAGUAUGGGAUCUCUCCUCAUCUAUUAACAGCAUUCAGGAAAAGCAAGAUGUCUAUGAAAAAGAAUCCAAGUUUCUCAACUCCUUGAACUGCCAGACAAUACGAUUUUGCACAUACACAGAGAGACUUCUAUUGGUGGUAUUUUCUAAAUGUUGGAAGGUUUAUGAUUAUUGUGAUUUUUCCCUUCUGCGGACAGAAGUUAGUAGAAAUGGGCAGUUCUUUGCUGGUGGAGAGGUGCUUGCUGCUCACAGAAUCCUCAUCUGGACAGAAGAUGGUCACAGUUAUAUCUAUCAGCUGCUGAACAGUGGGCUUUCAAAAAGCAUAUACCCUGCUGAUGGAAGAGUGCUUAAGGAGACCAUUUAUCCUCAUUUACUGUGCUCUACUUCUGUGCAAGAAAAUAAGAGCCAUCCCUUUGUUAUGGGCUACAUGGAUGAAAGGAAAGAGCCUUUUUAUAAGGUACUUUUCUCCGGAGAAGUCUCAGGAAGAAUUACUUUGUGGCACAUCCCUGAUGUUCCUGUAUCCAAGUUUGAUGGUUCUCCUAGAGAGAUACCAAUCACUACCACCUGGACUCUUCAAGAUAAUUUUGAUAAGCAUCAUACUGUGUCACAAAGUAUUAUUGACCAUAUCUCUGGGUUUAAAGAUGGGGCAGAAACUGGUGUAGUCACUUCAUCAGAGUAUGUUCCAAGUCUUGAUAAGUUAAUAUGUGGCUGUGAAGAUGGGACAAUUUUCAUUACUCAGGCUUUGAAUGCUGCCAGAGCAGGACUUCUAGAAGGCGGUUCUUUAUUAAAAGAUUCCCCUCCUCACAAAGUUCUUAAAGGCCAUCACCAAAGUGUUACUUCUUUACUUUAUCCACAUGGUCUCUCUGCGAAAUUAGACCAAAGUUGGAUCGUGUCUGGGGAUCAGGACUCAUGUGUCAUCUUGUGGGAUAUCUUUACUGGAGAAAUUUUGCAUAAAUUCUUUUUGGAAGCUGGUCCAGUAACAAGUCUUUUGAUGUCACCAGAGAAUUUCAGACUAAGAGGUACUCCGAUAAUUUGCUGUGUGUGCAGUGACCAUUCCGUGGCUCUCCUGCACCUUGAGGAGAAGAGGUGCCUCCUGCGUGCCCGGAAGCACAUUUUCCCUGUGAGGAUGAUAAAAUGGCACCCAGCUGAAAAUUUUUUAAUUGUUGAAUGUACAGAUGACUCUGUCUACAUCUGGGAAAUUGAAACAGGCACUUUGGAAAGACAUGAGACAGGAGAAAGAGCAAGGAUUAUUCUUGAUUGUUGUGAUGGUUCACAGCUUGUGAAGCCUGAGUCUGUACUUGCAGUUACUUCAGAGACACACAAGCACAGAAGUGCAGAGCAGAGAUCCUCCAGCUCUCACCAGCGUGGGCCAGUACAGUGCGCCGGUCUGCAGGCGGAGUCUUCACGUAUGGUUGCUGAUACCAAAUCUUUCCCAAGACCUUUUAAUAUCUUGUCUGUGAAGACAGAAUGGAGUAACUUUGGCUUUCAUAUUCUUCUAUUUGAUCUGGAAAACCUUGUUGAACUUUUGCUGCCGACUCCACUGAGUGACGAUGACCUUUCCAGUUCCUUCUACGGUCAUGAGAUCCUUAAAAGAGCCAAGAGCACAGUAGAGAAGAAGACAUUGACACUGAGAAGAAAUAAAACUGCCUGUGGUCCUCUCUCAGCAGCAGAGGCACAAGCAAAGUCCAUUAAUGAAAGCCUGGCCCAAGGAGAUAACACCAUCAACUUCUUGGAAGAAAACAAUGGCAUUAAACGGCAGAAGAGAAUGAAGAGCUCUAAAAAGAUGCAACCUAAGCUAUCAAGAAAAGUUGAUACCAGUCUCACAACAGAUGCAGCUAAGUUGUUUCUGUCUUGCCUUUUGCCAUGGGAAGUGGAUAAAGAAUUAGAUAAUCUCUGCAUCAAGCAUCUUAAUAUUUUAAAGCCUCAGGGUCCUGUUUCUUUAGGACUUGUUUCAAAUGAAGAUCACUUCUCAUUGAUGCUGCCAGGUUGGGAUUUAUGCAACACUGAAACAAAGAAAGACUACUCAAGAGUAAAUUUAUUUUCCAGAAAAGUUUUGGACUUGUCAAAUAAAUACACAGCCACUCUUUCAGACCAGGUUGGAAUGUCAAGAGGACCAGGAAAUAAUUGUGAUUCUAUGCAAGAAUCAAAUACUAUAGUUUAUUUAUUGAGUAGAUUAUUUUUAGUUAAUAAGUUAGUUAACAUGCCUUUAGAAUUGGCCUGUGGAAUUAACAGCUCUUUCAAAAUGGAAUCUGUACAUUAUAAGGUGAAAAGUCCUGGGAAUAGUAUUUCAAGCUUCUAUGGUUACUCACAAAAUGGUAAGAUUGACCCCCAUAUACCUGAGGCUGACCUUUCACUUUUGAGGCUGAUUUCCUGUUGGAGAGACCAGUCAGUGCAGGUAACUGAAGCAAUACAAGCUGUUCUCUUGGCGGAAGUUCAACAGCACAUGAAGACUUUGAGAAAGAUACCAAUCAAUAGUCAACCAGUGUCCAUGACAGAGAAUGGUCACUGUGAGAUGAUGCAGAUCCUGCCAAAGAUGGAGUGGGCCAAGGAACAAGAGUUACAGUGUAUUAGAAUCACUUUACCUCUGCAAACUCCAGUCAGUCCGGUCAAGCAUGACAGCAACUCAAACCCGGCAAACUUCCAAGAUGCUGAGGACAUGCCUGACAGAUGUGUCUUGGAAGAGUCUGGGAGUCCAGGUAAGCCAAGGCAUAAUUCAUGGAUAGCAAAGGUGUGUCCCUGCAAGAUGUGCUAA